AUGUCUAACGCGCCCACAACCCUCAAGCAGCCCGAGUCGUCGGAGGGACGUCUGCUGCUCGUGUCGAAUCGACUGCCCAUCACCAUCAAGCGCUCCGAUGAGGGCAAGUACGACAUGUCCAUGUCCUCGGGAGGACUGGUCAGCGGCUUGAGCGGACUCUCCAAGACCACCACCUUCCAGUGGUAUGGCUGGCCCGGACUUGAAGUCCCCGAGGACGAGACAAAGACCUUGAACGACCAGCUCAAGGAGAAGUACAACGCGGUACCUGUCAUGCUCGACGAUGAGCUCGCAGACAGGCAUUACAACGGAUUCUCAAACGAGAUCAUGUGGCCGCUCUUCCACUACCACCCCGGUGAGAUUACCUUCGACGAGUCCGCUUGGGACGCCUACACCGAGGCCAACCGCCUGUUCGCAAAGGCCGUCGCAAAGGAUGUACAAGAUAACGACAUGGUCUGGGUGCACGACUACCACCUGAUGCUCAUGCCUGCCAUGUUGCGCGAGGAGCUCGGCAACACCAAGAAGAAUGUCAAGAUUGGGUUCUUCCUGCACACACCUUUCCCCAGUUCGGAGAUCUACCGAAUCCUCCCCGUCCGCAAUGAGAUCCUGCUCGGCGUUCUCCACUGCGACCUCAUUGGCUUCCACACAUACGACUAUGCUCGUCAUUUCCUGAGCAGUUGCUCGCGCAUCCUGGGACUCGCCACAACACCAAACGGAGUCGAGUUCAAGGGCAAGGUCGUUACUGUCGGCGCUUUCCCCAUCGGUAUCGAUCCCGAGAAGUUCGACGAGGGUCUCCAGAAGCCCAAGGUACAAGAGCGGAUAGCAGCCCUCGAGAAGAAGUUCCAGGGUGUGAAGCUCAUCGUUGGUGUUGAUCGGCUCGACUACAUCAAGGGUGUACCACAGAAGCUGCACGCUCUUGAGGUGUUCCUCACAGAGCACCCCGAGUGGAUCGGGAAGGUCGUACUUGUACAAGUCGCCGUUCCUUCUCGGCAAGACGUCGAGGAGUACCAGAACCUCCGUGCAGUCGUCAAUGAGCUUGUUGGUCGCAUCAACGGCAAGUUCGGCACUAUCGAGUUCAUGCCUAUCCACUUCAUGCACAAGUCGGUCUCUUUCGACGAGCUUAUCGCGCUCUACGCUGUCUCAGAUGUCUGUCUCGUGUCUUCGACACGUGACGGUAUGAACCUGGUGUCCUACGAGUACAUCGCGACACAGGAGAAACGACACGGUGUCAUGAUCUUGUCCGAGUUCACUGGUGCUGCACAGAGCUUGAACGGCAGUCUUAUCGUCAACCCAUGGAACACCGAAGAGUUGGCGGAUGCUAUUCAUGACGCAGUCACCAUGGGCGAUGAGCAACGCAGUCUGAACUACCAGAAGCUGUCCAAAUACGUCCGGAAAUACACUAGCGCAUGGUGGGGCGAGUCGUUUGUCACCGAACUUAGAAGGAUCUCGGAGACGCCAGACCGCAAAGUACACUUCGCUAACGCUCCGGUUGCGGGAGUUGAUGACUCUACAAAGACUGCUGGUGAGACGAGCUCAGAGCUACCGAUUCGUCAGGAGACCGGCAACAAGGACAAAGAGUCAGACCCGGCCGCUGCCGUCGAUGCUCAAAAGGAGACUACGGACGGCGCAUCUAGCCAAUAG